AAUUAGUACAGGAGACUCACCAAGGAUUUCCCGGUUUUGCCUUUAUAAUCUGUUAAGUUUAUGUUUCACUGCAACCAUACUUUUGUUUAUUGUGCUGAAAAAACCAUGGGGUUAGCAGCAUGAACUUCGUACAUUUGCUGUUAUAGUAGUACGCCUGUUGGGAGUCACUCAUUCAGUCCAGUGCACGCGCAUUUGAAUGCUACUGUACAUAUGAUAAGCCUGAAGCUAUGAACACAUCAUGGAAGCUGCCUAUCUGAAGAUGAGCUUUUGCCAUUCUGAUAAACAAAAUAUAAAAGAACAUUAUUCAAGAAUAUGUAUAUUUAGAUAAUUAACAAUGUGAGAAUAAAUAGUUAAUAGUAUAUAGCAAUUUUACAUAUCAAUCUUAUGCCAUGGCAGAUGUUAUGAAAAAGUACUUUUGUCCAAGGUUAGUGGAUUAUAUUGUAAUUGUUGGUGCUCGCCAGUCAAGCCGAAACCAUGUUGUUCAGAAUCCAGAAUUGUUACGUCGGUACCCUGCAGAAGAUCAUGAAGAUUCUCCUCUUCCACCAGAUGUUGUAUUCUUCUGUCAACCAGAAGGUUGUAUGAGUGUUGGACCCAAGAGGAUCAGCUUGCGAGAGUCCAAUUCUUUUGUUUUUACUCUUACAGAGAAAGACACUAGUAGAGUACGAUAUGGUAUUUGUGUUAAUUUCUAUAGACCUGUUGAAAAGCAUCAGGGACAAGGAAGAACCUUACGAUACAGUGUUGGCCAAAAAUCAGAAGAGAGACAUUCCUCUGCAGAGAAAGGCUUCGAUGGAACAAGUGAUGGGACUUUUUCAAGAACUCUAAAUCCAACUGAUUCUGAUCAAGACUCGAAGUCUCCUUCUCCAAGAACCUUUAGACAUCAACAUGUACGUAGUCACUCCCUCACAUCACUAUGUAUCAUAAGCCAUCAUCCAUUUUUUUCUACAUUCCGUGAAUGUCUUCUCAUAUUACGAAAGCUCAUUGAUGCAUCCAGUGAGUGUACAUCAGCUAAACAUAUUGGAGGAUCUAGACAAACAAAUAGGGAGACACUAUGGUCAGUUUUGAUAGGAAGGGUAACAGAUAACACCCCAGUUAAUAUUCUGCAUGAUGUACGAGAAAUAGAGAUGUGGAUGUUCAGGUUGCUUUCUGCUCCAGUACCUGUCCCUUCCAAGACAAGAGUAGAAGUUGAGGUCCUUCCUAGGGAUAUACAGCUUCCUUUAAUCUUUGCCCUUCCAGACCACACUCGCUUCUCUUUGGUAGACUUUCCUCUUCACUUACCUCUGGAACUCUUGGGGGUUGACACUUGUAUGAAAGUUCUGACAUGCAUUAUUUUGGAGAACAAGUUGGUGCUGCAGUCUCGAGAUUAUAAUGCCCUGUCAAUGAGUGUGAUGGCAUUCGUUACUAUGAUCUACCCUUUGGAGUAUAUGUUUCCCAUCAUUCCCCUUCUUCCUACGUGUAUGAGUGCUGCUGAACAGCUGCUCUUAGCUCCUACUCCCUUCAUCAUUGGAGUUCCAGCAAGCUUUCUCAUGUUCAAACGACAUAUCAAACUUCCUGAUGAUGUUUGGUUAGUGGAUUUAGAUUCUAAUAAGAUAAUAAAGCCUCCUGCUGUUGAAGAUCUACCUCCACUGCCUGAACGAGAGGCCACAAUAUUACAGAACCAUCUAAAACAGGCUUUAGCUUCCAUGAGUAUGAGUCCUCAACCAAUAAAAAAUUUAGACAAGAUCCAGCCAAGUAUGGUAGAUCGUGUAACUCUUCCAGAAACUUCAGUGACUCUUCCAUCUACAGGCUUCAAUCCCUUGAUAUACGGAAAUGAUAUUGAUUCUGUAGAUGUGGCUACCCGAGUGGCUAUGGUCAGGUUCUUUAAUUCCCCUAAUCUGCUUGCUCACUUAAUGGAACACACACGCACACUACGUCUAUAUCCAAGACCUGUUGUGGCCUUUCAGAUCAAAAGUUUCCUCCAGUCUAGACCCAAAGUAACUGUUUUUCUUAGGCGAUUUGUAUGUACUCAGGCUGUGGAAUUUUUAGCUGAAUGGUCAUUAUGUCCAACCAAUGUGGCCUUUCUUAGAGUUCACACUGGUGUAUUUGAUCCAACUGUUAUUGGAGAUAAACCCAAGUGGUAUAGUAACCAGUUAGAACCAUUGCAUUUCAAGGUCUGGAAUGAUGGAAGCUCUUUAGGGAAUUCUUUAGCAUCGCUAAUGUGUGGUGAAGAUAUCAGUACAGAUGAAAGUGGAAGUGAUAGUGAGGGUGGUGGCAGCACUAGCUCUUCAUAUUCUUCACUGAGUGACUUUGUGUGUGACAUGGUGAACAGUGAUAUUACUGGAGAAGUCAUAGGUCACUCUUCUGAUGAUGCCAGCCAUGUCCAGAUUCUUUUUGAUCAUCGAUCAGUUUUCCAUCCUCCUAGUACUUUACAGGUUCCUGGAAGUGGGGGACUGAAUGCAUUCUCUCUUCCAGGAUCUGCUUCAAAUUCUUCAUCACAGUCUUCAUUAUCUAGCAGUAGCCCAUCAUUUAACUGUGAUCCAGAGGGUGAUCUAGCAACAGUUACACAACAAGCAGAAACAAAAGGCUUUCACUCAGUCCCACACAAGUCAGAGUCACAGGAACAAGUAGAAGAUGAAGCAGAUGUUUUCAGUUGUCAAGACACUAGUACUCCCAUUGUAAUGUCUUCUACAGUUAGAUCUGUUCUCUUGCCUCAGCCAUUAGUUCUUGGCCGAAGUCCAGCAGAUAGCAUCACUAGUGAUUUUGUCACUACUCCAGAUUGGGAAAUGUCAAGCCAUUAUUCAGAUAGCCCUUUAAACAGAUUACAGUCAGGUAACUCCUUGUUCACUACUGACAUAUCUUUUGAUAAAGGUUCUGGUGGUGUUCCUUUCCCAGUUCCCAGUUGUACCAUGAGUAUUAGUAGUGUACUCAGUCGAGCUGGCAGCUUUGGUGGUCCAUCACUUACUCCACAAAUUAGCCAAUCUUCUAUUCUUGAAACAAUGGCCAAAGAUGUGAAAGAUGCAGCUAAAGAAGCAGGGAAAGCAGCACUAGAAGCAACAAAACCAGCCAGAGAAGCUAGUAAAAAGAAAAUAUUAAAGAAUCUACAAGCACUAGGAGAGCCAAUCAGACAACAAAGAAGUACUGAAUCCCAUGAGUAUAAAGAAAUUGGAACAGUGACAACUUCAGGCUCUCUAAUAUCUACAGUCAGUAGUGAACUGAAUGGAAUUGCAUCUCAGACCACAAGUAUGAUUUCUGGCUGGUUGGGUGCGCGUUCAGCAUCAUCAUCUCUCAGGACAAAAGAACGUGCUCAACCAUUUGGGCCAUUCCCUAAAGAUUCAUUGUUGUUACCCCUGAGUUCACAUCGACCAGGACGUAAAGGGCUGGUAGAGAAAACUAAUCUUAUAAAACAUAACACUAACCAACAGCGAAAACAACAAGAGAUCCAACGACUUCAGCACCUAGAAGCACGCAGUACGACACAUAGUGAAAAUCAGCAGUUCCUUAAGGAUGUUGUUAAUGGAGUUUUGGAUGGAGAGGGUGUUGGGUGGUUAAAACUCAACAAAGUCAAGAAACUGAUGGAAGAUGAAAACUACAGAAACUUGGUUGUCUCCCGACUUAACAAAACUCUUGAUAGAAAAAUUGGACCAAAUGAUCACAUAGAUGAUGUGGUUGGUUUUUACAUUUUUAUCUUCAAGCUCUUUUUGUAUGAUAGAAAAUUCUCUGCAUCAUGCAACCAGUUUGCAUCUAAAAAUUUUGGUAACAAUGUUGAGAGUAAAAAAGGAUUGGGGAAAAUCAAGAGGAGUCUGACAUUUGUUAUCUUGACGGGGAAUAAGCUCUCCUCAGAUGAAGUCCCUCAACAAUUUGGGCUGUUCAUCUUUGAAGACCUCCCAUUGCCACUCUGUACUACAGGCCUGAGGUGCUUGUUGCGUCUUCUUGUCUCUGGUCAUUUUGGAAGUGGAUGUAGUAGUGAUGGUGGGAGGACCAGUAAUGCCAACAACAAACUCACCCAGCACUGGAAAGGAUCUUUUGCAGUACAAGAAGUGGUCAACAGGAUGCACUAUCAGGUGAAAGUGGAUGGGGCAACUAAGGUCUACCAUGCCAAUCUGUUGAAGAGGUACUUCAAGAGGGAAGAAUACUUUACAGGUGCAGCUAUUGAGGUACAGAUGGACAUGGCAAGUGUAGCUGUCAUAGAAGCAGAAUCUGAAGACACAAAGUACUUUGAACCAUACUUGUCAAAAGGUACAUUUACCGAGAUGAUAAAAAUCACUGUUUUCCAGGGAAGUAGUCCAUUUGGAAGUGGAGAGAACUUGUCUAAACAUUCAGCAGACCCAGGCCGACUUGAGGAGACCCCUGGUUCUGGUAAAAGUAGUAGUACUAGCAGCCCAUCUGACUGUGUCCAGUUUUCAAUACAGUCAUCUUCCAAUGAUAAAGUAGGCUCUGAUAGGCUUCAUCUGGCAGACCUUCUUUACAAUGUUCAAAUGAAUAUGAUCCCAUCACCAGAAAGUUCAGAGCAGGAAGAAGCAAGUGACAUGUUUCAUUCUAUUAUAAAUGCAAAACGAAACUUUCUUUUUUCAAGAAUAACAAGCAUGGAGUCUGAAGAAUCAGAAACUGGCACUCUGACACCCAGUUGUAAUGCAAGUGAUUCUGGAAGCAUGACAACUAACCCAGCUUACUACCGUGCUACCCAAGUUGGCCACAGCUCUUUUCGAUCAACAGUUUCUGACAGUGAAAUUGAAGCAGGAAGUUUCCUGGUGUCUCGAGAGAGACGAACUUCCAGUGUUUGGAGUAGCAAGAGCAGCUUGAGCACUGGGUUUCGAUAUCGACGUGGCAGUAUGGUUACUACAGCCACCAAUCCUGGUUUUAAAACAGGAAGAAGCUACUUAUUUGAGGGUUUAGUUGGUAAGGAACGCUCAACCCUCUGGGAUUACAUGCAGUUCUGGGAAGAUGCAUUUCUAGAUGCUGUGGCUCAGGAACGAGAUAUGAUUGGAAUGGACCAGGGUCCAGGUGAGAUGAUAGAAAGAUAUAAUUCUUUAUCUGAAAUGGAUAGGAAACGACUUGAACAUGAUGAAGAUAGAUUGUUAUCAACAAUGUUAUAUAACUUGGUAGCCUUCAUGGUUAUGAUGGCAGUUAACAAAAUGUCCAUCCGGAGGAAAGUUCGCCGUCUUCUAGGAAAAUGUCACAUUAGUUUGGUGUACAGUGCAGAAAUUAAUGAACUUCUUGACCAGAUUGAAAACCUGAGUGGAAAUGACAUAGACCUUAAACCACUGGGUAGUCGGCAGAUGUAUCGGCAAUCAUUUACAGUACACUCAGGCAUGGAUGCUACGGGAGAUAUGCUUUUCAUGGAGGUUCGAGAUGAUGGAAUAAUUCUUCGAAGUGUGAUUGGUACCAUUGUAGAACGAUGGUGGUAUGAACGUCUGGUUAACAUGACAUACAGUCCUAAAAAUAAAGUUCUUUGUUUAUGGAGAAGGAAUGGUGGACAAACACAAUUGCAUAGGUAUCAUACAAAAAAGUGCAAAGAACUGUAUUACUGCAUCAAAGAAGCCAUGGAAAGGGCAGUUGCUGGAGGUACAGAAUUAGGUGGAGAAUUCCCUGUUCAGGACAUGAGGACAGGUGAAGAUGGGCUGCUACAAGUUUGUAUGGAGGGAGUAGGCUUACUUUUUGCCAACAGCAAGGUGAGAUAUUUUCUUUGAAUGUAUAAUUUUCUAGAUUUGUGUGUUGGGAAUUUUUUAAUCUGGUUCAACCUAGAUAGCUUGUUUGAUUUUAAAGUUUCUACAUGCCUUAAGGCAUGCACUUCCAAGCUCAGGAUUUGUUAAAUAUUUUAAUAACCUAUUUGUGUGAUAAAGGUUUGAUGAAGAUUUAAACUUAUUUUUUAUCCCGCUUCAGUAGUGUUGGUAAAUUUGCUUUUCGUAUUUGGCGUACUUCAAAUGGCAUUCAUAGUUAUAUUUUUAUCUUUUAAUCCUGUUUGGAUGACAGAGCACCUC